AUGGACGCGCCUGGAUUUUCUAUAGCCAAGAUAUUGAGUCAGCAUUCCACCGGAAUACCAUCUGCCGAGCAACAACAUGGCCUCUCCUUGGCCGAUUUCCCGAUGGAAAUCCUCAACCCGAUCCAGAAAUACGUCAACUAUCAGGAUCUGGAGACCCGUUUUCGGUGGGCCAGGGCGUGCAAGAGAUUUUACACCCUGGCCACGGGUCCGCCGCCAAAGAAGAGGAUCAGCUGGAUAACGAUCCGGGAUGAUUGCUGGACUGUCAUCGAAAAGCAUGCCUCCAAAAUAUUGGAUAUUACAAGCCCGACAACUCGCAAGCUUCUUUUGGACGGGGUUUUGACGCGUACCCUGGUCAUUCAUAAUCCAUAUUAUGAGGAUCUCGGCAUUAAGGCCGAGACGAUACACCUUGGCCCAAGGCUGAGAGACAACGUCCUCUACCACCUAAUGAUACACCGACGACCAGUGGAAUAUAUCAGCGUGUGCGUGCCAACGGUGGAUAUGGCAUUGAUGAUCGAGACACCGGACUUUGACGGGGUGCUAAUGGUCAACGAUCAACGCGUGCUACUUGAAUGUCUGCUGCUCAGGCACCCGAAGCUUUGUAUCAUGGAGUCGGUGGCGACGAAUGAGGAAAUUCACGAUUUUGCGGUGCAGAUAAUUCACGAAUGGUCCACCGGACAACGCGAACUCCAAGAAUGGAUGAUCAUGAGAAGGGAACCUGUGCUCGAGCCUUGCGAAAAUUUCGAGCGCUUCUACACGAACAUCCACCAUCAGCAUCUGCACGAGUUGCACACCGGCUUGAUUACUAGAUUUCAACAGUAU